AUUCACUCAGUGCUACUUGGGCUAAAGAGGCGCAGACAGACGGGCAGAGACUGAGCGGAGCGCCUCCGUCUGCCAGGCUCUAUGCACGGCUAGAGUGCAGCGGACAGCAGGCAUCAGCCAGCUGCUCCCCGACCCAAUCACACACACACACACAUUUCCAAGACGGGAUUAUUGCAACCCUGACCUCCACUCACUACUUAAUACAUCCCGUGUCUUCCACUUGUUUUUUUUUAAUUGGCUAAUUUUGUUUGAGGUUUGAGGGACAGUUUUCAGUUCGAGUGUCUUUCUCCGUUUAUUUGGAGGUGUUUGCGCUAAAAGCAGAAACUGCAUUGCUUCCCUACGCCGCGUAGGUCAAACAGGCGAAGACCAACAAUGAUGCCAGACUGGUGGUCAACAAUUUUAUUACUUUGCAUUGUCUUCUUGAGCACUGAUGGAGGGCCGACUAAAGAAGGAUUUGGUCCAAAACACUAUCUGCCGUUAGUGCGCUUACGUCAUAAGCAAGAUGGAAGCCCAGAGAGCAUUAGAUUAAAAGCAUACUAUGGUCAGGAUGGCCAUUUUGGACCCUGCGAGAACAAGUAUUGUGGACUUGGCCGGCACUGCAUUGUUAACAAGGAGACAGGCCAGGCGGACUGUGCAUGCAUGGAGCGCUGCAAGCCAAAUUACAAGCCCGUAUGCGGUUCCGAUGGCGAACUUUAUGAAAAUCACUGUGAACUUCAUCGUGCCGCUUGCCUGAAGAAACAAAAAAUUUCAAUCGUUCACAAUGAGGACUGCUUUUUCAAAGGUGACAAGUGCAAAUUGAUUGAAUACAGCAAACUGAAAAACAUGUUACUGGAUGUCCAGAAUCAAAAAUACAUUCGACACCGAAAUAAAAAAGAAAAUAAUGACAAAAUGUCCCUCAAAAAGUUGCUGGUGGAUAACAUGUUUGAAUAUUUUGAUUCAAAUGAUGACGGGCUUGUAGACAGCAAUGAACUUGCUCAGGUAAUUAAACAGGAUAGGCUUGGAAAGGAUCUCUCUCAGUGCUCAUUAUUUGAUCUGCUGAAAUAUGAUGACUACAAUAAUGACAAGCAUCUAACACAGGAGGAAUUCUACAGAGCAUUCCAGGUCGUUCAAUUGAGUCUGGCAGAAGAUCAGAAAGUGAGUGUCACUACGGCAACUGUGGGACAGAGCGCAGUCCUAACAUGUUCAAUUCAGGGAAUCCUCAGGCCACCAAUAAUUUGGAAACGCAACAAUAUUAUUCUCAAUAAUUUGGAUCUGGAAGAUAUCAGUGAUUUUGGAGAUGAUGGCUCACUGUAUAUAACCAAGGUAACAACAAUUCACAUGGGAAACUAUAGCUGUAAUGCAGAUGGUUAUGAAAAACUCUACCAGACUCAUAUCCUGCAAGUGAAUGUUCCUCCAGUUAUUAGGGUUUACCCUGAGAGUCAGGCUCGUGAACCAGGUGUGACUGCAAGUCUCAGAUGUCAUGCCGAAGGCAUUCCGAAUCCCUUAAUCAACUGGUUGAAAAAUGGAGUUGACAUUAUGCCCAAACUGUCAAAGCAGCUUACUCUGCAAGCAAAUGGAAGUGGAGUGCAUAUUAGUAAUGUGCGCUAUGAAGAUACUGGAGCUUAUACUUGUAUUGCCAAGAAUGAUGCAGGAGUGGAUGAAGACAUCUCAUCUCUUUUUGUGGAAGAUUCAGCCAGAAAGACACUUGCAAACAUACUGUGGCGAGAGGAAGGACUGGGAGUAGGAAACAUGUUCUAUAUAUUUUAUGAAGAUGGAAUCAAGGUGAUUCAGCCAAUUGAAUGUGAGAUUCAGAGGCACAUUAAGCCUUCAGAGAAAGUCCUAGGGUAUCAGGAUGAAGUCUGCCCUAAAGCUGAGAGUGAUGCUGUCCAGCGAUGCGUUUGGGCUACUGCUGUGAACGUCAAAGACAAGUACAUCUACGUGACGCAGCCAAAACUGAACAGAGUGCUGAUUGUUGACAUUCAGUCCCAGAAAGCAGUGCAGGUUGUAGCCACUGAUCCAGUUCCAGUGAAACUUCACUAUGAUAAAUCGCACGAUCAAGUCUGGGUUCUUAGCUGGGGUGAUAUGGAGAAAACCACACCAACACUGCAGGUAAUUAAUCAGGCCAGUGGGAGUGCAGCCCAUCACACCAUCCAUACUCAACCAGUCGGCAAACAGUUUGAUAGGGUGGAUGAUUUUUUCAUUCCAUCUACAACCCUCAUCAUUAAUCAUAUCAGAUUUGGAUUUAUUCUUCACAAAGGUGAACCAGCCCUUCACAAAAUUGAUCUUGAAACUAUGAUGUAUAUCAAGACCAUCAGUUUGAAAGACUAUAAUUGCAUUCCACAGUCACUUGCCUAUACUCAUCUUGGUGGAUAUUACUUUGUUCACUGCAAUGCUGACAACACAGGAGCAACUGAACCACAGAUCAUAGUGGAUAGUGUCACAGAUUCCGUGAUUGGCUACAAUGGUGAUAUAACAGGUGCACCUUACAUUUCGCCAGAUGGACAUUAUUUGGUCAGUAUUGAUGAUCAAAAGGGCCUCUUGAGAGUCCAGUCCAUCACCAUCCAAGGGGAAAUCCUCGAAUCCUUUGACAUUCACACCAACUUUCACAUCUCUGACGCCACUUUCCAACCUUCUUUCACCGAAGCCAACCAGUACAAUGUCUUUGCCAGUUCAGGUGUGCAAACGGAUGUGCUCUUUGUGGAACUCUCCACAGGGAAAGUGAAGAUGGUGAAGAGUCUGAAGGAGCCCAUGAAGACUGAAGAAUGGCCAUGGAACAGUAAAAAUCGAAUUAUCGUGGACAGUGACCUGUUUGGCCAAUAUCUGAUGACGCCAUCCAAGGAAUCAUUGUUUAUUCUUGAUGGAAGGCUUAAUAAAUUAAACUGUGAGAUCACUGAGGUGGAAAAAGGCAACACAAUAAUCUGGGUUGGUGAAGCAUAAAUGGAAAGGUUAUUUACCUAUCCCCUGGUAUAAAGUUUGCCACUGCACUUAAUUUGCAACUUGCAUUACAGCAAUUCUGUUCUUUUAUACACAGCAAAAGGUACCUAAUUAAUGUAAAACAAGUUUGCAGAUACAAAGACCAGGAACUUUCAAGUGACAUAAACUUAGAUAAUAAUUGGAGUUUCCUAAUUUGUUAGUGCUAUUAACAACUACAAGAUAGGUUGCAACUUUAAAUUGUGCAACAAGGCUACUAAAUGUUUUAGUUAUACAAAAUCUAAUAGCUGCAGGGAAUUAUAGAAAACCUACUAACACCCAAUUGUGUGUUUUAACCCUCUUUUUUCCAGAGCUGCUUACUAAGAAUUGACUUUUGCUUGUGGAUUUCAAUUCAAAAAUGCUCUUGUUUAACCUUACAGAUCCAGAAUUGUUUGUCAGCUUUUUUUGUGCCUUGAAGGGCUAAUUAUGCAGGGAGAGGGUUAAUUAUUCCCAUCACGGCCUCAUGUUGCUUGUUACUGGAGGAGAAAAAGUGCUAUUCAGAACCCUGCAUACCACUUUUAAUACAAAGACCAGGUCCAAGCAGGUGCUGACUAAUUCGGUAACACAGUAAAUUUUCAAUAUUGGGUUAUAGAGCAUGAAAAGAAGCAACUCGCCCCUCUUCAUCAAAAGAUAUACUGUCGACUCUAAGUCAGCUUACAUCAAACUGUUAACACUGUUGGAGCAAUGUAAUGAAAAUCUAACAAUCAAUCUGUAGUUAAAUGUGGCAGAGGAAAUUGUGCUGUGCCCCAAUAAAGGCUGAUAAUACUGUAUUUUUAGAUUUCAUUUGAGUCUUACUGGAUUGACUUGUUACUCAACUAGUUGUGUCUUGUGAUCAGGAUUUUAUACCCAUGACCAUGUCUGUAUAUAGCAGCUGCUAGGUUCUGUGUUUGCCAUUUAUUAGUUGGGAAAAUAAGGUAUGUGGGAAGAAUCCAUUUCUAUGCUCUUCUACAUUGCGGCUGACUGAUAAAUUGUUUAAGUUUGUAGUGACUAAAAUGUUUCCCUUUUUUACCAGUAAUGUUCUACCUUGUGGCAUCUAGAGUGUGAAAAGUCUCUAUGGAAACAUGUGUCUGUCAAAUAUACAUUUUUUCUGUGUCUUGUAAUAGAUCCAUAAUUUGUGAAUGUUGUAUAUGUAGAAAUUUGCUUGACACUUGAGGCAAAUAAAAUCUUACAUUUUACAUUUUGUUGAA